GCUGCACUGAUGUUGCUAUCUGGUGCGGUCUUUGGGAGCUUGUUCGAUCCAUCCCCGGAGCCUCGGCACUCAUACUUCCCCCAAAGAUUGCUGGAGCCCUUCUUGAAUUAGGUGCAGCUGACCAGCUUCGUCUCAAGCACCAUCCUGCCCUGGCCCUCCCGGAGGGCAUGCUGGUCUUUGUACCAUUUGUGCAUCAGGAACAUUGGACGUUGCUUGUGCUCAGCAUCUCAAAUGGCAGUGUCCUUGCUGAAGUCUUUGACGGGGUACCCGGCCGCAACCUUGUGCAGGCCAAGCAACUGUCAACGCUCCUUUGUGAAUUGGCCGGUCGCUCAUUGGCGACAGUGACUGAAUGCUGCACCUGGCCCCAGCGCACUCUGAAUGACUGUGGGGCCAUCCUACUAGCGCAUGCUGCAGGAAAAAUUUCCGGAACCAAUGACCCGGCACAACUGCAGGAAGCCCAAGCCUUCAUUGCCACCUUUCCACCUUUGCCGCACUGCUUGUUGGGCAGGGGCGGGCUGUCGUCUGAACAAGAACAGGCCCUACAGAAGCUGCUUGUGUCCAAAGGGGUGCCCUCAGCCAACGUGGCCGCCAGACUUCAGCAGGCUGUUUCAAAGUUGGGUCCGGGCCCCAUAGCCGAGGCACUUCACAGCAGGAACCCGUGGCAGGCCCUCAAAUCUGCUGGAUCCCGCCCUGGCACUCUCUUCAAGUGGGUGCAACCGGACGAGCUAGAGAUGCACAUCGAACAGCGGGCUCAGGAGCGCUUCGGCACCGAGGUUCCCCGGGCCAAGGCCAAGAAGCAAAAACAAGUGAAGCGAACCUUCCCUGCUCCACUCCAUGUGGACCCGCUUCAAUUGCAGCUGGCCCCCGGCAGCUUCACGUCUCAGUCUGGCACGCCAUUGGCCCAACUGUCUUAUCAGGAGGUUCAGUCGCAGGCCACAGGCAUCUGCUUUGUCACCCAGGCACAGGCGGCGCCCUUUGUGCAGGAGGCCAUUCUGGUGCAAGGUUCCCUCGUCCAGCUCGGGGACGAAUGCGUGCAACUAGCAGCCACUGACAUAGCAGAGGUAGACCACCUGCCAACGGUGGUGUGCCGCUUAAGCCUGUACCGUGACGAGUGCAAGUCUCCCUGGGACCAGAUUACGGACGCCCCCAUCAGAGCAUUGCUUCAGCAGGUGCCCGAGCUUCAGGUGUGCAAGGCGACGACGUGCGAUCAGUGUUGCCCCGCUUUUCAUGCGGCUGUUGACGAGGUGGUUGACCACCUUUUCCUGGAUGUGUGGGCACGCCAGUGGUGCAGGCUGUCAGGGGGGAAGGCCAAGGCAGGCGAGGCUGAACUCUUUCAAGCUUUUGUCCGGGUGCCAUCUUCGGCGCUGCCGCACCUGUUCAAGGUUACCUUUCCAGGGCUUUACAUUGAGCCAAGAGCAGCCGAUGGCUCAGGGCCACACAGCGCAUGGGCGGUGGUUUGGCUCCCCGGGGCCAACGCGGCACAAGCAUUGCACUCCUUGAAGACGACAUCAAAGGCGGUGGCACUGACCAGGCUAGGCGCUAAAUACGGCCUCCGCACCAAAGAGGCAGAUGAGCAGGCGGUCUUCGAAGCACUGAGACCGCAGCAUCAGUUCGUCAAGGUGCGCAUCAUUGCCAGGUACAGGCUGCAUCCCUUGCCGCACGGCUUCCAGCGGCACAAUCUGGUGAAUCUGCUCAAACAAUGGUCCUGGAACUGUCGGCCUCUCCAGCCGGACCGUGGUGACGCCACCGGCUGCGCGUGGCUUGUGGGGGCGUCGUGUGAACCCCCGGCCCAGGCCUUACCGCUUGGCACAGGUUAUGUUUUGGCCAGCAAGGUCAAAGAUGUCGGGAACCCAAGGCCACCCUCCGCGGCCAUUUGUGCAUCCACCCGCACCAAAAAGGCCCUCUUGAUCGAUGAUGACCCUGAUGAGCAAGGCCUUGCAGACCCCUGGAUGGGAGGCCGUGACCCGUGGUCUCAAUCUCGUGCCCAGUCAACCGCCCCUCCGUCCUCAGCUUCCUCUUCGCCUGAGGCUGUGUUAAAGCUGGCGCAACUUGAGACCGACCUCAAGGCAAACCUUAAAACCAUGCUGCAACAGACCUUGGAUGAACGCGACGCCUCAGGUCCACCACCAGGCCUAAGUGAGCAGGAUAAGAGGUUGCACACCCUGGAGACCAGCGUCCAGGAGCUACGACAUCAGGGCACAAAAUUCGAAGGCUGGUUUCAGUCGUUUGGCACCAAAGUCGCCGAUCAGGCACAGCAGCUGGAACAUCUCGCCAGUACGGUGAAAGAGCAACAGGCCGAGUUGAGCCGGGUGAAAACUGACGUCCAGCAAACCGUUCAAUCUGCAGUGGGAUCGCUUCAAAGCGAGCUGACCAAUCAGAUGGCAGCGCAACUUGCCGGGCAGAUGGAACAAAUCACUGAGCUGUUUGCCUCCAAAAAGGCCCGGCAUUGA